UUAUGCAAUUUCUCGUUCUCUCAUGAAAAUAAGAUAUUGCUUCUUCUUUUUUUCUUAAACAAGCUUGCACUCGGAACACAAAAUGCAGAUGUAGUGUGACACUGAGAUUAAUGAUACUACAAUUGUGAAGGAUUUAACUGUUAACAUACAGGGAGACAAGUGUUAAACUAUGAAUGUGGAUUUAAAGAAGUCCUCUUCAAACAGCUCCGAUACCUCUCUAACAAACGAGGAGCAGGAGGCAAAGAUUACUGAAAUAAGAAGGCUGAUAGGACCAUUGCCUGAGAAGUUAGCCAUCUAUUGCUCUGAUGCAGCCAUCAUUAGAUAUUUAAGGUCAAGGAACAGGAAUGUGAAGAAGGCAACUAAAAUGCUGAAACAAACCUUGAAUUGGAGAGCUGAAUACAAACAGGAAGAGAUUCGCUGGGUAUGCUACAAUUCAUCCUCCAUUGAUUUAUACGUAGUUUCUUAAAUAAAGUUAGAAAUGCUUGCAGGACUUGAGCAUUGAUGAUACUACAAUUGUGAAGGAUUUAACUGUUAACAUACAGGGAGACAAGUGUUAAACUAUGAAUGUGGAUUUAAAGAAGUCCUCUUCAAACAGCUCCGAUACCUCUCUAACAAACGAGGAGCAGGAGGCAAAGAUUACUGAAAUAAGAAGGCUGAUAGGACCAUUGCCUGAGAAGUUAGCCAUCUAUUGCUCUGAUGCAGCCAUCAUUAGAUAUUUAAGGUCAAGGAACAGGAAUGUGAAGAAGGCAACUAAAAUGCUGAAACAAACCUUGAAUUGGAGAGCUGAAUACAAACAGGAAGAGAUUCGCUGGGAAGAGGUUGCUCAUGAAGGUGAGACAGGGAAGAUCUACAGAGCAAAUUAUGCAGAUAAGCAUGGAAGAACAGUUCUUGUCAUGAGACCUAGUUGCCAGAACAACAAGUCAACAAAGGGGCAGAUUAGGCAUUUGGUUUACUGCAUGGAGAAUGCAAUUUUAAAUCUUCCAGCAGAACAGGAACAGAUGGUCUGGUUGAUCGACUUGUCACAUAUAUCUGUGAGGGUGACACGGGAAACAGCUCACGUUUUACAAGAACAUUAUCCCGAGCGUCUAGGAGUGGCGAUACUAUACAACCCGCCCAAGUUCUUCGAACCUUUCUGGAAGGUGGCCAAACCUUUUCUGGAGCCCAAGACUCAAAACAAGGUGAAAUUUGUGUACUCUGAUGAUGUGAAUAGCAAGAAAAUAAUGGAGGAUCUUUUCGAUAUGGAGAAAUUGGAGUGUGCAUUUGGUGGAAAUGGUGACUCUGGUUUCAACAUUAGUAAGUUCGCUGAGAGGAUGAAGGAAGAUGACAGGAGGAUGCCUGCUUUUCGGAGUAGGGAAACUACUCAAGCUGCAGCUCCAUCAGAAACCACGCCAAUACUCUGUCAUGUUUAGGAUUAUAAGCCCUCAUCUUCAAUAAAGUGUCUUGGUUACAGAGGGCACUCAUAAUGGCUCCAUGGUAUUUUCAGUAGAGAUGCAAAAACAUCCGACUGUAAACAACCUUGCUAAAUGUUUUAGUGAGUAAUAUGAAGUUGAGUCGA